AUUAUUGCACAACAAAUUUUUUUUUUUCACAUCAGAAAUACGAAGAAAGAGACCAAAAGACCUCUUCUCAUAACCCGUCUCCGACCCUGCGAGAGCCGAGCGAUCACCCCCAAACCCCUCCGACAAUGUUGCGUCAAGCAUCGAGACUAUUGGCCCGUCGACCCAUUUUAGCGGCGAGGACUCGACCCUUCUCCACUGAUCUGCCGGCCGCUGAUGCCACGUUCGCGGAGGCGUGGAAUAAAGUGAUCCCCAUUAUGGACCCUCCCAAAACUCCUCUCUCUUUCAUGCAGCCUCGUCCUCCUACUCCUUCCUCCAUUCCUUCCAAGCUCACUGUUAAUUUUGUCCUUCCUUAUGCUUCUGAGUUGGCCACCAAAGAGGUUGACAUGGUUAUAGUACCAGCCACAACUGGGCAGAUGGGUGUUCUACCUGGACAUGUAGCAACAAUUGCAGAACUGAAACCCGGAGUUUUAUCAGUGCACGAAGGAAAUGAAGUGACAAAGUAUUUCGUCAGUAGUGGUUUCCUUUUUAUCCAUGCCAACUCCUUUGCAGAUAUAAUAGCUGUGGAGGCCGUGCCACUUGAUCGACUUGAUGCAAAUCUUGUUCAGAAAGGGCUUGCAGAGUUCACCUCGAAGCUAAGCUCUGCCACAACCGACUUGGAGAAAGCUGAAGCCCAAAUUGGAGUUGAUGUGCAUAGUGCACUCAACUCUGCCCUCACAGGCUAGUAUCAUUUGCCAUUACGUUUGUUGAUUAGUUGUUUAUCGGAUUUCUCUUCUUAAACCUGCCACAUUGAUGCAUAGAUUUAUCUCAUGGAUCCAGAUAUUGUUCUGAGUAUGUUGUCCUUUCCUUCUAUUUCUAUGUUUGCACAUUUACCCAAUAUGAAAUAAUCUUAAUGGAUUUCACCUGGUUUACAGUGGCGGAAAC